AUGGAACUUCCCUUCAUCUCCCUGCUUCCCUAUGCAAUCCUCUUCAUCAUCACUGCUGUUUCACUAUCAUACCUCUUAAACAAACACAAAUAUUCUAGUGCGUCUCUCAACAUCCUCCCGCCUGGCAGUACCGGUUUGCCACUCAUCGGUGAAAGCCUAGAAUUCUUGACGACGGGGCAAAAGGGUCAGCCAGAGAAGUUCAUAUUAGACAGAAUGGCAAAGUUCUCAUCCAAAGUCUUCAAAACCUCGUUGUUUUUUGAAAAAACUGCAGUAUUUUGUGGGGCAGCCGGGAACAAGUUCUUGUUCUCUAAUGAGAACAAGCUUGUCACAGCAUGGUGGCCUGACUCUGUCAACAAAAUAUUCCCUUCCUCUCAACAAACUUCUUCGCAAGAAGAAUCCAAGAAAAUGAGAAAGCUCUUCCCACUUUUUUUCAAGCCAGAAUCGCUUCAAAGGUAUAUUAGUGUAAUGGAUGAGAUUGCACAAAGGCACUUGGCAUCUGAUUGGGAAGGCAAACAGGAAGUCGGUGUUUUCCUUUUAGCUAAGACGUAUACUUUUUGGUUAGCUUGUCGCUUAUUUCUAAGCAUGGAAGAUCCUGAGGAAGUCCAAGAGUUUGCCAAGCCCUUCAAUGAUUUGGCCGCUGGGAUUAUAUCCAUUCCCAUUGAUUUGCCCGGGACACCCUUUAAUCGCGGGGUCAAGGCAUCAAAUGUGGUCCGAAAGGAGCUUGUAAAGAUCAUAAAGCAGAGGAAGAUUGACCUAGCAGAGAACAAGGCAUCCCCAACACAAGACAUAUUAUCCCAUAUGCUAACCACAGCUGACGAUAAUGGGCAGUACAUGAAGGAGAUUGAUAUUGCUGAUAAGAUACUAGGUUUGCUUGUUGGAGGCCAUGACACAGCCAGUGCUGCUAUAACUUUUAUUGUCAAGUAUCUUGCCGAGUUGCCUUGUGUCUACAACAAGGUCUUAGAAGAACAAAGAGAGAUUGCAAAAUCUAAAGCACCUGGAGAUCAGCUGUUGAAUUGGGAGGACAUACAAAAGAUGAGAUAUUCAUGGAACGUUGCAUGUGAAGUGAUGAGAGUUGCUCCCCCACUCCAAGGAGCUUUCCGAGAGGCCAUGACCGACUUCAACUACGCAGGUUUCACAAUUCCCAAGGGAUGGAAGCUGUAUUGGAACGCAAAUACAACACACAGAAAUCCUGAGUGCAAAGAAUAUGCUAGACUGGAAAUACUUGUUUUCAUGCACAAUCUGGUGACAAAGUUCAAAUGGGAGAAGCUGCUCCCUGAAGAGAAUAUAAUUGUAGAUCCAUUGCCAAUACCUGCAAAAGGCCUUCCCAUCCGCCUCCACCCUCACGAGGCUGCCUAA